CAAUAAUAAUUUAGCCACUUAACGUUUUAGUUAUUUAGGCGUUUGUUAACACCGGGGAACUCAAAAUAUGACAUAUUUAACUUCCCAGCAUCACAUAUUUACCCCCAAGUAGUGUUUAAUUCGUGUUUGAGAAAGCACUUGUUGAUAUAUUGUCAUCAAGGUAAUGGUAUUUAGCUAGCUGCUAAGAAUGGCUAACUGUAACGAUAUGGUUUUCCACACUCAAAUAGCCUCCAUCAUGGAGGUUCUAGCGAAUACAGCCGUGGCAGAGAUUUGUAAACUCGUAGACGACGACUAUGCAGUGUUUCGUUUGGAAAUAACUCAAAGCCAGAAAGAAAACAGGGCAUUGCGGAGGAAGCUACAGCUACUGGAACUGAAGGUGGCACGGGAACGCCGUCCCAGUAGUGCCAAGAUCCUCGAGCGAUACAGAGGAAUGGCAAGAGGUGACUACCUCAUGAAGCUGGUUGAGAGAAUGCCAAGAGUGUGCAAAGCUAUCAAGGCAAAGGGUGAAGGACAUCUCACUGGAGGUCACAGGAGCUUUGUGAAGCCAGUGGGACACAAUACAUGGAGAGAUGACCAACCAAUUACAGUUGAUGAGGGGAGUGGAACCUCAACCCAGCAUGUUAUCGUGAUAGAGUCUGCAGAGGCUGCAGGUCCCGGGGUGAAGCUAGAGGGGUCUGAAGGAGAGGAGGACCCACGGCACAGGAGAGACAUUCAGACUGGAGUCGAGGACCCUACUACCGCCGCAGCUCAGCCCAGGACUCGACGCAGCAUCACAGAGAGGAGGAGGGUCCAAAAGGUGCUGCUGGAGGACAACCAGACUACACCUCCUCCUGAACCCACAGAGGAACCAGCUGAGCAGCACAGGACCACACAGUCUCACGGAGGUGAAGGACGUCUCACUGGAGGCCACAGGAGCUUUGUGAAGCCAGUGGGACACAAUACAUGGAGAGAUGGUCAACAAAUCACCGUUGAUGAGGGGAAUGGAACCUCAACCCAGCACAUUAUCAUGAUAGAGUCUGCAGAUACAGAGGCUGCAGGUCCUGGGGUCAAGCAGGAGAGUUCUGAAGGAGAGGAGGAACUACGGCACAGCAGAGACAUCCAGACUGAAGAGUCUGGAGCGCCCCCUGUAGCCACGGAGGACCCCACUACCACUCCAGCGCAGCCAAGGGCCCGACGCAGCAUCACGGAGGAGGAGGAGGGUUCAGAUGUGCUGCUUAUUUGUGAGGAGGGUCUGGGGAACCCAGAGGGGACCAUGGUCAUGGAGGACAGCCAGACUACACCUCCUGAACCCAUAGAGGAAUCAGCUGAGCAGCACAGGACCACACACAGUCUCACUGAGCCAGUUGACAUGGAGGAUGGGAAGCCUGUUCUGCUGCUGGUCAAAGAGGAGACAGUAGAGGAUGGACCAGAGAGCAUUGAUCUGCUGAGUGGACUAAAGAUGGGGGAGCAAGGUGGUUGGCUGGAGGCUAACAAAUACUGGGUGGCUGUCUUGGAUUCUCUGACCCUGACUGGUGCGGCUAAGGGCUUGCAGGACGAUAUCACUGAGCAGGCCAGGACCAGAGGCGACAUAGUGGAGCAGCAUACCACCCUGCAUACCACUGCUGGCUUGCUUCUGAAGCUAAGCAGGGUUGGUCCUGGACAGUCCCUGGAUGGGAGACCAGAUGCUGCUGGAAGUGGUGUUGGAGGGCACGUAGGAGGCACUCUUUCCUCUGGUCUAAAAAUAUCCCAAUACCUCAGGGCAGUGAUUGGGGACACUACCCUGUGUAGAGUGCCAUCUUUCGGAUGGGACAUUAAACAGGUGUCCUGACUGAGGUCAUUAAAGAUCCCAUGGCACUUAUCAUAAGUGUAGGGGUGUUAACCCCGGUGUCCUGGCCAAAUUCCCAAUCUGGCCCUCAAACCAUCACGGUCACCUAAUAAUCCCCAGUAUACAAUUGGCUCAUUCAUCCCCCUACUCUCCCCUGUAACUAUUCCCCAGGCCGUUGCUGUAAAUGAGAAUGUGUUCUCAGUCAACUUACCUGGUAAAAUAAUGGAUAAAUUAAAAAAUGAGGGAUGCCCAUUAGCUGCGGCCAAGGCAGCAGCUACCCUUCCAGGGGUCCAAACACACUAAAGCACCCACAUUACUUCUAAAACUACAUAUAAAACAGUGAACUAUGUUUGUACUGAAUGAGCUAAAGUUAAUACAGUACAUCAUAUAACAUCCCUACACCACCACAUACCCACAACACAAAAUGUUCAAUAACAAUAUCACAAUGUGUGUGUAUGCAUGUGUCUACCUUUUGUGUGUGUCUCUUCACAGUCCCUGUUAUUCCAUGAGGUAAAAAGCAGGUAGAAAUACACAUGAUUAUUCUGCUUGCAUCAGUUACCUGAUGUGGAAUAGAGUUCCAUGUAGUCAUGGCUCUAUUUAGUACUGUGCGUCUCCCAUAGUCUGUUCUGGACUUGGCGACUGUGAAGAGACCUUUGGUGGCAUGUCUUGUGUGGGGUAUGCAUGGGUGUCCGAGCUGUGUGCUAGUAGUUUAAACAGACAGCUCCGGACAUUCAGCUUGUCAACACCUCUUACAAAAACAAGUAAUAAGGAAGUCAAUCUCUCUCCCACUUUGAGCCAUGAGAGAUUGACAUGCAUGUCAUUGUUCGCUCUCUGUACUUUUAAGGGCCAGAGGUGCUGCCCUGUUCUGAGCCACCUACAAGUCCCUCUGUGACCACACUCCUGAAUAGUAGUCUAGGUGCGACAACUAGGGCCUGUAGUACCUGCCUUGUUGAUAGUGUUGUUAAGAAGGUAGAGCAGCGCUUUAUUAUGGAGAGACAUCUCCCCAUCUUAUCUACUGUUGCAUCAAUAUGUUUAGGCCAUGACAGUUUACAAUCCAGGGUUACUCCAAGCAGUUUAGUCACCACAAUUUGCUCAAUUUCCACAUUCAUUACGAGACGUAGUUAAGGUUUAGGGUUUAGUGAGGGAUUUUUCCCAGAUGCAAUGCUUUUAGUUUUGGAAAUAUUUAGGACUAAUUUAUUCCUUUCUACCCAUUCUGAAACUAACUGCAGCUCUUUGCUAAGUAUUUAAAUCGCAGAAGUUCUCACUCAACAACAAGCUUAUUGGGUAUCCAGCUAACUUCAAGUCCUACGAGCAGAACAUAAUUGCCACAGAAAAUGUCUUAAAUAAUACAUAUCAAACUGUAAGCAAAGAAACGUGAUUCAAACAUGUAAAAAUACAUUUGAAUGCAUCAAAUUGUCCACCAGCAAUAAUAACUUUUCAUGGUCAAGUUUUCACUCUCAAUUUCUCUCUUUAAAGUCUUGGCACUUUUUUGGUUUGGAUUUCAGUGUAAUGGGACCUGGCUAAAUUAUGCACGGAAGAGAUGUGCAAUGUGCAGUUCCUGGAUAAUGGUGCAGGGUGCAGUCUGUGGAUGAAUAGGGCAGAGUUCAAAGUCCAUGGAUGAGAGAAUCAUGGUGGAUCAGGUGGCCGGUUGGUGA